UUUAAGUAAUUAAUUAUGGAUAAUGAAUGUGUUCGUUCGGUGAAAAGUGGAUGGAGACGUUUUACAUUGAUGGAACCGCCACUAUUUUUACUAUUAUUGGCUUAUGGAAUGACAGCAACUGUCUUGACUGAUUUAAUUGUCUAUCAAACUUGUAGACAAAUGAUGGUAACAAAUAAAAAUAGCUGUGAUAUUUUUCAUACCAAUAGCAGCAGCCAAGAGGCAAAAGAACUGGAUAAAGUUGUUCAGCCUCAUGCGAGUUAUAUAAUUAUGUGCAAAUCGUUGAUUGAAGGUAUUUUUCCAGCAUUGCUGGUAUUAUUUGUCGGUCCUUGGAGUGAUAAAUAUGGAAGGAAACCACUUUUAGUUGUUGGAUACUUUGCUCCAAUAUGCACGUAUACAUUAUUAUCAAUACUAAAUCACUGGGAUGUAAGUCCGUGGAUGUUUUUAUUAGCAUCUGUACCCUCUGCUUUAUUAGGCGGAAUCUCAGUACUUUUAUUAGGAGUAUUCUGCUACGUGUCAGAUAUUUCAGAACCUGAAAAACGUGCGUGGUAUUUAGGAUGUCUUGAAGCUUGCCUUUCUGCGGGAUUAGUUAUUGGUAUAUAUAUUGGUCCAUUGAUAUUCCAAAAGUAUGGCUAUACUUUAUUAUUUAUCAUUGCUACUUUACUAUCUGUAAUAUCAUUACUUCAUAUACUGCUUUUUGUACCUGAGACUAUUAGAAAUGAAUCUAAUAGAUGGGGAAAUCCAUUUGAUUUAGCUCUAGUAAAACAAUUGAUAUUGACAUGUACUAAAAAACGUCCUGGUUUAAACCGUGGGUUACUAUGGAGUUGUGUACUAGUUUUAUCAUUUCUUGUAAUUAUUAUGGAUGGAACUGCCAAUGUUAAAUAUUUAUUCACUAGUGCGAAACUCGGUUGGAAUACAGUACAGUUUUCAGUUUACAGUAGUUUAUCUAUGUCAUUAACAAUUGUGGGAACAAUUUUUGGUCUAAAAGUAAUGCGAAAUUAUUUAGGUCUUAAAGACUCUACAGGGACAUUAAUAGGAUGUCUAUCUGGAUUUGCCGCAGCUAUUGUAUACUCUUUUACUACAAAACCUUGGCAUAUGUACUUAGGAACUAGUUUAGGAAUUUUUACCGGCAUGAUUUCACCUACUGCGCGAUCUGUUUUAUCAAAAUCUGCUCCUAUCGAUGAUCUGGGCAAAGUGUUUUCAUUGGUCACAUUUAUGGAAGCAUUACUACCGUUAGGAGGUGCUUCGUUAUACAGUUUGAUAUAUUCUUUAUAUAUGUCAGUUUAUCCAUUACCAGUAUUUUUAUUGUCAGCUGGAAUAAAUUUUUUAAUGAUAAUUAUUAUCAUAAUAAUGGAUUGGAAAUUUAACAAAUAUGAAUCGCCUUAUCAAUCCGCAAUUCAAGAAGACUGUGAAUGUACGAAUUCUCCGAAAAGUGAAUGGAAACGUUUUGCAUUGAUGGAACCACCGAUAUUUUUAUUGUUGCUAUCAUAUGGAAUGACAAGUAAUGUCUUCACUGACUUGGUUGUCUUCCAAGCAUGUAAGGAAGUUGAGACGAAUAAAAGUAGAUGUGAUAUUUUACAUGCAAAUAGUAGUAGUGAUGAAGUGCGAGAAUUGAAUAAAAUUGUUCAGCGAUAUGCAAGUUAUAUAAUAAUGAGUAAAUCGCUGAUUGAAAGUUUCAUACCAGCAAUAUUUAUUCUGUUUCUGGGUCCUUGGAGUGACAAGUAUGGCAGAAAGCCUUUAAUAAUUGCUGGAUAUUUUGCUCCAAUGUGUAGAUACAUAAUUUUGUCUGUGCUAAGUAAUUUUGAUGGAAAUCCAUGGAUGUUUUUGAUAGCUUCAGUGCCGUCGGCUUUAUUAGGCUCUGGAUUUUCAAUGGCAACUUAUUGUUACAUCUCUGACACCACAGAGCCUGAUAAACGUGCAUGGCGUUUAGCUUGUUUGCAAACAAGUCUCGUCACUGGAUUAGUUAUUGGCACCUUUAUUGGUCCAUUAAUUUUUCAACAAAUCAGUUCUACAUUUUUAUUUAUUAUCUCUGCUUUUCUUUGUGCCAUAUCAUUAUUUUACGUAUUAUUUUUAGUACCCGAGACUGUUAAGAAUGAAUCUAAUGAAAAAUGGGGCAACCCAUUCGAUUUGUCUUUAGUUAAGGAAUUAGUGCUAACAUGUACUAAAAAACGUGAUGGAUUGAAUCGCGGAAUGUUAUGGAGUUGUUUAGUAGUUUUGUCAUUUUUUACAAUGAUUAUUAAAGGGAGUUCAAAUAUCGAUUAUUUAUUCGCAAAUGCUAAACUCGGCUGGAAUAUUGUACAGUAUUCAAUUUUCAGUGGUAUGUCAAUGGUAGUUUCAAUUAUUGGGACAUUUGGAGGUCUCAAAAUAAUGAAAGAUUAUAUGGGUCUUACAGAAGUUACAGAGGCAUUAAUCGGAUGUUUAUCUGGUUUUUUAUCCGCUUUAUUAAGCUCUUUUACGACAAAACCCUGGCAUAUGUACGCUGGAGUUUGUUUAGGAAUUUUCGCUGGUAUUGUUUUACCUACUAUACGAUCACUUUUGUCUAAAUCUGCCCCUAUUGAUGAUAUAGGAAAAGUAUUUUCUUUAGUCACAGUUGUGGAAAUAAUUUUACCAAUAGGAAGUGCUCCGUUGUACAGUUUAAUUUAUUCUUCAUAUAUUUUUGUUUAUCCAUCACCAGUAUUUUUAUUAACAGCUGUAAUAUUUUUCUCAAUGACAUUUAUUAUUUUGAUUAUGAAUUUUAAAUUCAUUGCAUCUAAAUCCUCUUAUCAAGUCACCGCUCAAGAAGAUUGA